AUGAUCCCAAAGGUUCUCAAAGCGAUUAUUGCAACAGACGGCGUCCGACAAACUGCUGUCCGAGAGACAGGUGUUGCGCAAGAACGAACAUCGAAUGCGAACGCAAACCGCACUGACGUUCUCUCUCAAUUACUGUCUAUCAUGCGAGAGAAGAACGACUGCCUCACCAUUAAAAAGAUCCAUGUGGAGAUGUGGGCUGCUGUUAUCGCUGGUUCGGACAGUACCUCCGGUGCGCUUCACGGCACAAUAACCCAUCCUGUGCAAUACAACCAGGCCACUAAGAUGCCAUACCUCAGAGCUGUGAUACAGGAGUCACUAAGGCUGUGUCCACCUUUUGCUCUCUUAGGUCAUCAUAUUCCUGCUACCUUCAAGGUCGGUAUGAAUGCAAUGGUCACGCAGUUUGAUAAAACUGUCUUCGGCAAAGACGCGCGAGAGUUCCGUCCAGAACGAUGGCUUGAGGGCGAGGAGCGAUUUAGGCUCAUGGGAAAAGCGAUGCUUGUAUUUAGCGCAGGCACCAGAACCUGUAUCGGCAGGCAUGUGAGUGUCGCAAACCAUAUUUCAAUGCAGUAUCGCAUCGACUGA